UCUGGUCUAUGUAAAUAAUAGGCUUGAAUCAAGAAAAUAAAGAAAGAGAAAGAGAUGGAAACUAAUUAUAGGCUCAUAGUAUUUUUGCUUCUUUGUAUCUUCCUUUGUCGCGCCGAAUCUGCUCUUCCUUCUCACUAUGUACUCUCACACACCGGGAGGAGAAUGAUGGGUUAUUAUAAGCCCAGUCGUGCCAUAGGAAUUAUGAAAAUUUCCAAAACACCACCAUCAAAAAGUCCGCAGGCUCCAGGCAGAGGAGAUUGGGCCUAUGAUCUCCCAUUGGUAGAUGAUUUAUCUGGUGCUGUGCAAGAAAGAAGAUUAAUGAGCCAAAUGGAUGUAGGAGCAUCAAGCAGUGCACAAGGUACUGGUCGCAACCACUAGAUCCGGUUUCGGUUACUAGUGUUUAUAUAUAUCGUAUGUGUGUGUGUGAAUUUUCUAUUUUAUGCCUUCACAUGUCAAGAAAGUUUGAAUUCUGUAUUACUAUUAUUUAGUUUUCGAUAUAUCGUGGAAUACGUAUUGUUUCACACAAUUUUAAUUACAUCAAUUUUAUUUAUCAUCA